GUAUGUUGCAGAUAUGUGAUAGUGAUAUAUUCGGUUUUAUGAUGAAUCAGGGUAAAAUUUGGUAUUAGGAAGGAACUGUGCGUCUUCUCCGCGCCGCGCGGAGCGGUAUACAUUAUUAGUAGCCUCCGUACGCGUGUGUUUGUGGCUUAACCAUGGCUACUUAUCAAGAAUAUAUCGUGCAAAAUGAAGAGCGUGACGGCGUUCGUCUUAGUUGGAAUGUUUGGCCAUCGAGUCGUCUGGAGGCGACGAGACUCGUUGUUCCGCUUGGUGUGUUGUACACACCGAUGAAGGAACUUCCCGAACUGCCUCCGUUGAUGUACGAUCCGAUUUUGUGCUCACGGAGCAACUGUAGAGCCAUUCUGAAUCCUUUUUGUCAAGUUGAUUUCCGAGCAAGGAUCUGGGUAUGCAACUUCUGUUUUCAGCGGAAUACGUUUCCUCCAAACUAUGCUGGAAUUUCCGAGCAAAAUCAACCUCCUGAAUUGAUUCCCCAAUUUUCCACGGCGGAGUACAUCAUAACGAGAGCUGCAGCGUUGCCGCCAAUAUUUUUGUUCGUUGUUGACACUUGCGUCGAUGAAGAGGAAUUGGCAGCGUUGAAAGAGUCCCUCCAAAUGUCUCUCUCCCUCCUCCCACCCAAUGCUCUUAUUGGAUUGAUAACUUUUGGGAAUAUGGUUCAGGUGCACGAACUUGGCACGGACGGAGGACUGAGUAAAAGCUAUGUAUUCCGAGGAACGAAGGAUUUAAAUGCAAAGCAGAUUCAAGACAUGCUUGGAAUCGGGAAAAUGGCCCCUGCUGGACCAGGAAUGCCAGCUCCUGGCCAACCAGGCAUGAUGCCACAGAUGCCUGGCCCAGCCGGUGCAGCUCCACAAAUGCCAGGAAUGCCCCCGCAAAUGGGACAGCCGCCGUUGCAGCGUCCGGGGAUGCCCGCUCAAGGACCGCCAGUGCCGCCGGCGAACCGAUUCUUGCAACCGGCGCAACGUUGUGAUGCCGUGCUGACGGAUUUGCUGGGAGAAAUGCAGCGGGAUCCUUGGCCUGUUCCCCAGGGGAAACGGUAUUUGCGUUCGACUGGUGCAGCGCUUGCUAUCGCUGUCGGAUUGCUUGAGUGCACUUAUCCUAACGCUGGUGGAAGAAUCAUGCUUUUCGUCGGAGGAGCUUGUUCUCAGGGCCCUGGAAUGGUUGUAGACGAUGACUUGCGGCAUCCGAUCCGUUCUCAUCACGAUAUAGACAAGGACAAUGCAAAGUUCAUGAAAAAGGCCAUCAAACAUUACGAAGCUCUUGCCAAUCGCGCUGCUCGCAAUGGACACGUCAUUGACGUUUAUUCCUGCGCCUUAGAUCAAACUGGGUUGCAUGAAAUGAAGUCGUGUGCGAAUUUCACUGGUGGACACAUGGUCAUGGGCGACUCAUUCAAUUCGUCAUUAUUCAAGCAGACAUUCCGUUUGGUAUUCGACAAAGAUGCGAAGAACGAAUUCAAAAUGGGUUUCAAUGCUCAGAUGGAGGUCAAAACUUCGAGAGAAUUAAAAGUUAGCGGCACGAUUGGUCCUUGUAUAUCCAUGAACGUGAAAGGCUCUUGUGUAUCAGACUCAGAAAUUGGCGUUGGCGGUACGUGUCAAUGGAAAUUUUGUGGGUUGACCCCACGCACCACCGCUGCUGUGUUUUUCGAAGUUGUGAAUCAGCAUGGCGCUCCGAUUCCUCAAGGCGGGCGUGGUUGCAUCCAGUUCAUCACUCAAUAUCAACACUCAUCCGGGCAGAAACGUGUGCGCGUUACAACUUUAAAUAGAAAUUGGGCUGAUGCCAGCACGCAAUUGACUCACAUUUCCGCUGGGUUUGAUCAAGAAGCUGCUGCUGUGUUGAUGGGACGCUUUGCUGCGUUUAGAGCAGAAACUGACGAUGGUCCAGAUGUUCUACGUUGGGUUGAUCGAAUGCUGAUCAGAUUGUGCCAGAAGUUCGGCGAAUACAAUAAGGACGAUCCGGCGAGUUUCCGACUGGCGGAAAACUUCUCACUUUACCCGCAGUUCAUGUUCCACUUGCGAAGAUCCCAGUUCCUACAGGUGUUCAACAACAGCCCGGACGAGACUUCCUUCUAUCGCCACAUGCUUGUGCGGGAAGACCUGAUGCAAAGUCUGAUCAUGAUACAGCCGGUGCUUUAUUCGUACUCGUUCAACGGACCACCGGAGCCCGUGUUGUUGGACACAUCUUCCAUCCAGGCUGAUCGAAUCCUACUUAUGGAUACGUUCUUCCAAAUUUUAAUUUUCCACGGCGAGACUAUUGCCAGCUGGAAGUCGCAAGGUUACCAAGAAAUGCCUGAGUACGAGAGUUUCAGGCAACUGCUACAAGCCCCGAUUGAUGAUGCGGAGGAGAUUCUAGCCACUAGGUUUCCCAUUCCUCGCUACAUUGUGACGGAACAGGGUGGAUCUCAGGCGCGUUUCUUGUUGUCGAAGGUGAACCCGUCGCAGACGCACAACACCAUGUAUGGCUACGGUCAGGAGGGAGGAUCGCCGGUGUUGACAGACGACGUGAGCUUGCAAGUCUUCAUGGAGCACCUGAAAAAGCUAGCGGUUUCUUCGUCUUGAAGUGGGCCAAAACGAGAAAACGUUUUCAUUGGAAAGUAAAGCCGUUGACGAAGGGAUGGGAAGGAUUUUCUCCUAGUCUCUGAAAAAGAAAUCUUACGAAGUAAUUUCAUCAUGGAGAAGAAAGUUUUUUUUCCUUAUACGCGGUCAUUUCUCGAUAUAUUUUGAAAGUGCAGGCACGAGUCCGGUUGAACGAGGAUGAGAAAUUAAGCAUCUGGCGAUAGUUGAAGAAUUGAUUUAUUUUUUUUGAAUUCCAGGGAUUUUGUUUUGGAGGGUUGAUACAUUUUUUUUUCUUCUGGCGGUCAGUCCAUUCAACGCCGAUUCUUCUUCUGUGGUACUUUUUAUUUCUUUCUUCGGAAGUGUUUUAUGCGUUUAAAUUCAUUCCGAGAUUAUUCUGCCUUGUAUCCGCUCGCGGCUAGUGUUUAUCGCCUACGGUUCUGUGGACGACUCCUGUGGAUCGGCGUGGAAAGCCUUAUUUAAGCCUGUUGCAAAUGAAAAUCUUUCUGGAAGUUUGGUGCUUUCA